AAGAGAAUUUUAACACAGAAGAAGCCGAAGACGAGAGCGGCCUAACCUAAAAAUUACGUUUCACCAAUUUGUUGUUGUUAUUGUCAUCGUUUUUUGCAUUAUCAAGUAAAAUAUAUUAAUAUCAGCAGCAUUAAAGUGUUAAUUCGCUAAAAUACAGCUUAUUCGACGUUGCGGACAGGCGUAAUAGUAGUUUGCAAAGAUGACUGAUUUACUGACAGUGUACGACGACGACCAGGCCAACUCUUUCAUUGACUGCAUGAUCUGCGAGAAAAAAAUAAGGGGGGACACCAAUUACAAAAUCCACGUGACAUCAAUGCAACACUUAAAGAAAGAGGACGCCCUUGUUGCGCAGGGACAGAUUCCGAGACAGCCUUCAAUGCCGGAAUGGAAAGACAUUAAACAAUAUUUGGAAUAUCUUCAUCUUGAUGAGCCCAUCAUUGGUCUCAACUCUCUGGUGCAGAUACCUGAUCAUGUCACUGAGGAUGGCAAAAACGUGCUUAAGUACAAAUGCCGAAUGUGUUUUGUGGAGAUGGACCUGUACAGUAUGGUGACGCAUAUUGUUGGACGCAAGCACAGACAAAAAUAUUUGGAGCUGAAAAGGCCAGACUUGGUGACCUGGAAUGACAAUAAUCUGAAACAGCCGGGUCUCGUGGUCAGAGCCAAAGCUGCAGUCGUGGAGAAGCACGAGGGAUGGGGAACCCCAGAGCCACUCAAGCAACCCAAGGUUUACGAAGGACUUAAUUUACGGCCCAGUGUUCAACAACAACAACAACCCUACUAUGGACAAGAUGUGCAUAGGUCAGCAUCUUUGGAUGUUUCUAAACAGACAUAUGUGAGUGAAGAGCAAGAAGGAGUAUCCUAUUACAUUGAUGAAAAGUACGGGCGUCAGCCAUGCCCACAAGAAAACUGGCAUGAGAGAGCAUACGAAGAAACCGACCCUGGAGGAAGACCCUCACGAGAAGAUCUGGGCAGAGGGAGACUUCGAGAAGAGUACGAAAGAGAACCGUACUCCAGAGCUGACAGACAUGUGCCUAUAGACGUCCAAGAGAAAACUUAUUAUGAAGGCGUGCCAAAAAACCGCUUCAAUGAUAAAGACCUGCGAGUCCAUCAACCCGGAGGGUCGCAUUAUCAAAAAGAGCACAUCCACAGCAGUCAGUAUGGCGCUUACGAUGACAGAAAGUCUGCUGGAAAUCCAGUGCCAAUGCAUGGAAGAAGCUUGCAUGACGAGGGGAAGAGGGGGACUGUCAGGGAAAUGCACAGCAGGUCUUGGGACAAAGCAAGUGAGAUGCAGGGAUACUCCCAUAUGCAUGAGCCAAAUGCAUAUUCGAUGGAAGACAUCCCGGCGAAAAGGAAAAAGAAGAGCCGAUUCUCUGACGCAACUGCUGAGGAAAUUGCUUUCGCGCAUAUGAGACAUUCUAAUAAACAUAUUCCCAAAGAGCAGACAAGAGGACAACCAGGUAGAGGAGCGCCGGAUAGAGGAGCUCCAGCUAGAGGAGAGCCUGUUAGAGGAGCACUGGAUAGAGGACCAGCAGUUAGAGGAGAGCCCGUUAGAGGAGCACUGGAUAGAGGACCACCGGUUAGAGGAGAGCCCGUUAGAGGAGCACUGGAUAGAGGACCACCGGUUAGAGGAGAGCCCGUUAGAGGAGCACUGGAUAGAGGACCCCCGGUUAGAGGAGAGCCCGUUAGAGGAGCACUGGAUAGAGGACCCCCGGUUAGAGGAGCGGCGGUAAGAGGAGCACCGUCGAACCAGUUUGUGGAUUCUGGAAGUGCAUCACAUCUUAAUCAGAAAGAUGACAGUGUGCUGGACAUAUUUAACAACAUCGAGAUCGAAAAUAUGGAGGAUGCCAGAAUACUUAAAGAGAAGCUGUGCACGGUUUUAAAAGAGUUUCAGGCUGCUAAAACCGAACGAGUUGUGGGCCAUACUUCACAUACACAAUCAGUCAGUGACCACCGAGGGGUAAAUCCGACAGACCACCGCAGAGAUGAUCCAGAUAGCAUGUACCUGCAAAACCGAGGUUACCAAGAGCCCAGACGAUACGACGACGAUCGCAGAGGUUACCAAGAAUAUAGAGAUGACCUAAGAGAGUUUCGACAAGAUGAGGAUCCCAGAGCGCCCAGACAUUACGCUGAUUAUCCCAGCAGUCAUCCGGAAGCAAGACCGUAUGAUGAUGACCCCAGAGGAUUCCCAAAACCAAGGGGACCAGAGAACCCCCAAAGUCAACCAGAGAGGAGACGUUACGAUGAUAAUCUCAGACAAAAAGAGCCACGAUAUGAAGAGUAUCCACAAGCUUUAAGAGUGGAUGCGGAUCUGAGAAGUUCUCAAGAGGCUAGAUAUUACGAAGACUAUUACAGAGGUUACGAAAGUAUGGAGUCUGAACGAGAUUGGGAGCGUUCUCAAGAGAGCUUUGGAAAGCCUCCUGGUCACUUCAAAUCACAUUCUCUACAAGACGGCGGGAGGAUGUAUGUUGGAAGAGGACAGCAGAGAGCCCAUCAGGGCAAUCAUCAGCCUGUCACCGAAGAGCUUUACGACCCGUUCCAGCCGUCGUCUUCUCCACCUCCAGAAUCCAGCUCCUCCACCAGCCUGGACAAGAUCGCAUCGACUCUUCUGGAGCUCGUCUCUCGUAGAUAGUUUUGAAUCAGAUACUUCUACAUAAUAUUUGAUGGUUGUAUGUUUCUGUGAUUGUUUCAUUCAGCAUCUUUCAGUAGACGAAAUACUGUAGUUUUAUUACUUGUAUUUUAUUUUUCAUACUUCCAUCGCUUUUCACUAUUUGUAGCCUAUGUGAGGGGUUUUCAAUUUAGUUUGUGUAUUGUGAGGUAGAAAUUAAUUUUGUCUAAAUGGUUUGAUUAAAAUAUUGUUGAGGAAAUAAAUCAUUCAACCAAA